ACCCCUCGCAUCCCCACACAACACUCUCCAACCCCACUCGAGCGCAGCAGCGAGCCCCGAGAAGCCGACGAGAGAAGGGAAGUGGGAGCCGUCCGCCGAGCUCCCCCCCACCUCGCCAGCCCGCGGGCCUCGGUUUUCUUGCUCGCCCAGCUCCUUCUCCGUCCGUCCGACCGUCUGUAUCCAUGGCCGCCUCCACCAAGACCGCCGCCGUCCUCCUCGCCGCGGUGCUCCUCGUGCUGGUUGCGUCCGCGGCGGCCAGCAGGAAGCUCGAGGAGGAGGACGCCGCCCUCCUGGGCAGCCUCGCCCCGGCGCCCGCGCCGGCCAUGGGCGCCGCCGCGGGGAUCGCCGCUGCCGCGCCCGGGGCGUGGGCCGUCGCCGCCCUCGUCUCGCUCGUCGCCUUCCUCGCACACUGAGCGACAGAUGGAAGGGAAGGGGGCAGAAUCCUGUGAUCUGGAUUGGCUGGGAGAGGAGAGGGGGAUGUUUGUGUUUGUUCUAGGCGUUCCGGUGCUGCUGAUCUCUCUUUUGCCUGUAUAAGAGAGGAAUUGUGUCUUUUAAUAAUAUCAUUUAUUUGUUAUUCUUUUUAUAAUCGGUGUUGUUCUUUUGCGUCGAUCUCUUCGAUUUGCAUUUCUAGUGAUGCCACAGCGGGACAGCGGCAAAAUUCAUGCGACGGCGAAGAGGAUUCAGAACGAUCUUGUACGUUUUCA